AGAAAGCUUCGCGGCGCAACAGUCCACGUCACUGCGGCGCAGGCGCAGUGGUGCGGCGUGCUGAGCUGAGGUGGACUUUCUCCUUGUGUCGGUGUGAAAGCAGCAGUGCAGUUCAGCAGCUGGACCUCAGGAACAACACAGAACCUCCCAGAAAACAUCUCGGACAGCACGAUGAUUCGGAUAGCCGCCUUCCUCGCUCUGCUGGUGGUCGCCUGCUCCGGAGAGAGCUGCACAGACCCGGCGAUCACUCCGUCGGCCUACACCACCUCGGACGCUGUAAUCUCCUCUGAGUCUGUCUUCAUCGUUGAACUGAGCCUGGCCUGUGCCAACGGAGCGCAGAGUGUGACUCUGUAUGCUGAUGUCAAUGGGAGACAGUUCCCUGUGACCAGAGGCCAGGAUGUUGGCAAGUACCAGGUGUCCUGGAGCCUUCCUCACAAACAGGCCAGCUCUGGAACAUAUCAGGUCAAAUUCUUCGACGAGGAGUCCUACAGUGCCCUGCGUAAGGCCCAGAGAAACAAUGAAGAUGUUAAUGCCAUUGAGCCUCUCUUCUCUGUCAACAUUGACCACCGGGGUGCAUGGAAUGGCCCAUGGGUGUCUACUGAGGUGGUGGCUGCGCUCAUUGGUAUCCUGGUCUACUACAUGGCCUUCAGCGCUAAGAGCACCAUCCAAGCAUAAACAGAUUUACCAUCACUUAUUUAACCACUGGAUCGUUAAAGACUGAAUUCUGGUGGUGCUCGACCAAUGAUCCAUCAUCCAGUGUGGUUGCAAGCCUAAAAUGGAUUUUUGCCACAUGUUCUGCUGUGGGACGAGGAGCAAGAGUAGCAGUCUUAGUUUUUUUUUUUUUAUUCAGACUGUGUCUGUGUCUGUAUGCCAUCAGUCUUAUCAGUGAUUGAUCAUUGUGAGUUUGUCUGGUCACUAUGGAUGGAAUUUUGUAAUAUUUUGAUAAAACCAAACAAUAAACAAACAAAUAAAGAUCAUGUAGAUUAGAGUCUACAUCAAGAUGUUGGACUUGAACACAUGUGCUGAACACCAACAGAGAGAGGCCAAGACCUCUAUGCAUAUGAAAUGUCAAUAAUGUGACUGCACUGGCUGGCCUGAACAGGCUAAGUGUAUUUGUCUCUUCCAGUAAAAUGAAUAAAUGGCUUGUUUUUC